AUGGCAUCCAAACUCGCUGAAUCCAAGGUUGCCCGGCAAGUCCAUGAAUUGAAGAGCGCGACGGACCACCACGAAUUCCCAGACGAUCUGCAACAGGCUAGCCAUGCCAUCCAGCUCGCGGAAGAUGCCGCCCAAGCAAAGUACAACCCCUUAAGCCCUUCUUUGCUGCGACUGUACGGCUGCCUCGCCAUUGCCUAUUUGUGUGGUUGUCUCAACGGGUAUGAUGGCUCCCUUAUGGGUGGAUUGAAUGCCAUGACCACGUACCAGCAGUACUUUCAUAUGAAGACUGCUGGUUCUAGCACUGGCCUCGUGUUCGCCAUGUACAAUAUCGGAUCGAUUCCUGCAGUCUUGUUCUCUGGGCCCGUCAAUGAUUACUUUGGCCGUCGCGUCGGCAUGUUUACCGGUGCCGCCAUCAUCAUCAUCGGCACAUGCGUCCAGGCUCCUUCAACGAGCCGGGCAAUGUUCUUGGGGGGUAGAUUUAUUCUCGGUUUCGGGGUCAGCUUCUGCUGUGUCAGUGCUCCAUGCUACGUCAGCGAGAUGGCCCACCCCGUAUGGCGUGGGACGUUGACGGGCAUGUACAAUUGCACCUGGUAUAUCGGCUCGAUCGUCGCCAGUUGGGUGGUCUAUGGAUCGUCCAAAAUACCCCACUUGUAUGGCUUCCGGAUUCCCAUCUGGUGUCAACUUGUCUCCUCCGUCAUUGUCGCCGUUGGAGUCUGGUUUCUCCCGGAGUCUCCGCGCUGGCUUAUGGCGCAAGACAGGGAAGAUGAUGCGAUCAAAGUUUUGGCACGAUAUCAUGGCGAAGGCUCCGAAACCCAUCCAAUGGUGUCUCUACAGCUCCAGGAGAUGCGACAACAGAUCAAGACCGACGCCUCGGACAAGAAGUGGUGGGAUUAUCGUGGACUCGCCAAUACGCAUGCCGCUCGUCGCCGACUCAUCUGCGUUCUCGGUAUGGCCUGCUUUGGUCAGCUCUCAGGGAACUCGGUAACCUCGUAUUAUUUGCCGGUCAUGUUAGAGAACGCCGGUAUCGCAUCGGAGAAUACCCAACUUAUACUGAACGGCAUCUAUCCGGUGAUCUGCUUCUUCGCUGCAAUAUUGGGCGCUCGACUUCUCGACGUUUGGGGACGACGCCCGAUGCUGCUGUACAGCACCGUCUUCUGCUCUGUGUGUUUCGCCAUCAUCACUGGUACAUCCAAGCUGGCGACGCAGAAUUCCGACAAUAGCUCGGCUGCCAACGCCACCAUCGCCUUCAUCUACAUCUUCGGGAUCGUUUUCUCCUUUGCAUGGACUCCGCAGCAAUCGGCCUAUAUUGCCGAAACUUUGGACACCACCACUCGCGCCAAGGGCACGGCAUUGGGCAAUCUGGCCUCGUCCAUCUCCAGCACGAUCAUCCAAUACGCUUCUGGGCCCGCAUUCUCAAACAUCAAAUACUAUUUCUAUCUCGUCUUUGUGUUCUGGGAUCUUAUCGAGUGGACCGUCAUGUACUUUUUCUUUCCCGAAACCAAAGAUAGAACCCUGGAAGAACUGGCCGAGGUGUUUGAGUCUCCAAACCCCGUUAAAAAGUCACUGGAGAAGAGGACUGCAGCAACGGUGUUGCACACCUUGGAUGUCAAGGGGGAGACAGAAGUGCAGGAAAAAGAAAAGGUAUAG